GUCCGCGACAGAGCGCGACCGCGUGCGUAUGCUCUUGAUAUUCAGAAUGUGCUUACAAAAGAAUUCAAUUCAUAAACAAAAUAGUGUUAGUGACCGCUAAAUACAUGCAGUUCCAAUUAAAAUGUGACUUAUCACACGUAUUAAUAGUUAUUCCUUUCUGAAUUACAGUUAUUUACCGAUGAUAUUGUAUUUUAUUAGCACUAAUGCAAUGAAGAUGCAUUUUAUAGGAUAGUGAAAUCGAAAAUUUGUGUUAUGAAAAGUUAUGUGGUGUGUAAUUACGUUUAUCCUGGUUUGGUUGUUAUCGAUUUUUCACGUCACUACACGGAAACAGCUGUUUUGGGAAUACAAGCCGAUGUGGAAUACGAAGCUUGGAAUGUUACUGUUCAGCUAGAUAUUUCUUUAUUUUCCUAUGAGAAAUUACAUCAUAAUUGUUAUAUACUCAACUGGAUUAAAAUCUCUAUCUAGAGAUUCAAACUGAAAGGUGGCACUAAAAGACCAUGGAAAUAAAAAUCGCUUAAUUUUUUAAAGUGAUGUGCAUUUUUGGUUGUGUACUGUGUGAUUAACAGAAUUGGUAAUAGAUAUUUGAAUCGUAAUUGCACCUGGGUACAUCACUGAUUAUACCAGCCAGUGUUAGUGUUUCGGUCAAAAUUCUGUGUAAAAUUGUGACCUAUGAUUUGGAUUUACCUGGUGUAUGUGGAUUGAAUGCUGGAAAUAAGGUGGUGAGGUGGUUCUGCACGAGAGGCGAUGCUGGGCGGGGCGGCGGGGGGCUCCCGCUCCCGCCCGCCCUCUGACCUGCACCAAGGUGUGGCCCGCUUCCCGCUGUACUCUUUGUUUCCGACGCCGGGCGGCAAUCGUCCAGCUAUACACAAAGUGACGGAGAGUCUGCUGUCGACGUCACUGUCGAGUUUCGGUGUGCCGACCCCGCCACCGAACUCGCCGUACUCGCCGCUACAGCUCGAGUUGCUUAAUUGUUCCCAGCGAGUAUUACUCACUGACAAGGAACCCAACAAAAUGGAAGAGGCUAAGCUAGGCAAGCCAUGCUUGCCUGACUCGCUCUGCUGUCCUGGUGACCGGCAGAUCAUCGACGGGCUCGCCGUCAUGCAGCCACUAACCAUAAAAACGGAACAAGCGAAGCGCUCUUGCAAUAGUUGCCUGACGAAUUCUCCUAAAAAAGUUGUCCACACGGACGGCGGGUGCAGCCGGACGAACCCGGUGACCUGGCUGGGGGUCACGGGGCAAAACGUAGUCCAGGUCAAGAGAGAGCCCCAACACGUCCACGUAUCCGAACUGGUCGCUGUGAAACUGGAACAGGCGUCGCCGGGCAACAAGCCCGAGCACGCGCCCUCGAUACCGGCAUCUCUGAACAAUGGUUCAAUUCCCGUUGGUAUUGCGGUCGCUCGGCAGCGAGUCGGCGAUGCGGGCCUACUCGCUGCCCUCUCGCAGAAAGACAACCAACAAAGAAUGCACGAUAUCGGCACCGCGUCAUUCUGUUGUCAUUCCGCCACAGACGCAGCGCAGGCGGCCAUGACGGUGGGCGUGGCCAAUGUGCUAUGCGACGAUCGCUCCGCCCCCUUGGCGUGGCCUGCUGCUCCCACGGCGGCGCCCCCCGCACCUCUGUGGCAGUACCCGACCGCUCAAAUGUCCAUGGAAAGCAUGAUGGUGGGCGGCGUGGGAGUCGGUGGCGUGGGUCCCGUCGGCGGAGGCGUCUCAUCCGUGGGUGGUUACCAACUGGUUCGCGAGCCCACCACAGGCGCUUUGCUCCUGCUGCCGUCUCCACCGGAUCUGCCCCACACCGUAGUUUGGGGCGGUGUUCCUUAUCCCUCCGCCCCUCUUCUCUUACCUCCAGCACCGCACCCUUCUCAUCUCCAACUAUUGCCUGGAGAUCUUCUCGCCUCUACUGCAACUUUGCAGCACACACAUACACAUUCAACCCGAUUAGUGACUUUAGCACCUGCGCCUGCUCCCCAACCCCAUCCAGUUCAUACAGCUGACAAAAGAAAAGUAAUCCAACCUCUUUUAACAUCUCACGCCUUAAUAAAAAUAGAACCGGAACCGCCGCAGGAAAAACCGCAGCCUCAAUUUGCUCCAGAACCAGUGCAACAACCAAUUCUUACCACGACUCAUUUGUAUUAUCAACCUGAUUUCGCGGAACAAGCCUGCAGAAGUCAGGCGACAUCGCCGGCUGCUCCGCCUACUCCACCGCCUGAAGUUCCUGAAACUCCAGCGCAUAAAGAUGCCUCGAAUCAAACAGAUCACAUCGACGACGAUGAUGAUUCGCCAAAUCAAGCAGAUGAGGAUGAAAGAGAUGUUGCAUGUAUCGGUGUUGCUCAUUUCCCUGAGGAAUCUACUAUGGUACAAACUACGGCACCAAUAUUGCAAGCUCCACCGAUCGAUAGUGCCGAAGAAUCGUCUUCAGAAGGGCUUGCAAAUUCUGCUGUAGUUGGUGCGGUGGAGAAAGCUAUAGAUGCAAUAGAAAGGGAUGAAGCUCUUGUGGAUAACUCCAGUAGCGGUGGAUCUCAUGAUUUAAUGAUUGACACGGCAAGCACUUCACCUACGUCUCAAUCAUUGUCACAACUACCACCAUCACGACCUUUGGUCGACGUCAGCGGAUUGGAACUUCUUUCUAAUAGCAUAGAACAAUUUGAACGAACAACACCUGGAAAUAGUAUGCCGACUUUAGAUGCACCGGUACCUUUGACAAUUGAUACAAGAACCACUUCGAAACUGAACAUAAUGAUAAAAACUUCCCCGAAAUCACCACCUCGGACUUCAGAAAUAGAACCUAGUAGAAGAUUUGAGUUUCCAACAACAGAGCCGAGUACUAGUGAGAGAACUAAACCGUCUCUUGAUGGUUUGGGGUUAUUAUGUGCAUUAGCAGAGCAAAGAUUUAGGGAAGAAGUAGUGGAAAACCCUUCACAAAAUUUAUGUAUGUCUUCCCGUCCGUUUAUUAAAAGUGAGCCCCUACUCAGUCCCACUGAUAGAGAUAGAUCGGCUGAAUCUUCUAAAAAAGAAAGACACAGGCAAAAAGAUAGCGAUUCUUCAAGUGAAAGAAGAAGAAAAAGAAGUCGAGAUAGGGAAGACAGAUUGAGGCAUAAAUUAGAAAAGAUGCGACGACAUAAACGUGAAAAGGAACAAGAUGAGGCAAGGAAUAGUGGUGGUGAGUUAGAAGCUAGUUGGCGACGAGUAACAGGUUGUUCUUGUGGAACAUUGAAUUGUACGCAUACAUCAACGGUGCCUUCUGCUCAUGCUCUUGUUAAUGCUAUAGAAAAAGAUAUGCGGGAACGAUUACAAGAUUUGCAACGUCAAUGUGAUGAAAAGAGAGCCCAAUUAAACGCUUUAACUCCACCAUUACCUGCAUUGUCGACUCCUUCAACGCCUUCUACUCCUGCCUUGUCUCCAGAUUCAGAUAGAGGUUCUUCUAAAAAACGCAAAGUAGGUAGACCUCGUAAAGUUUCGAGUCCUGAUUCAACUGAAACUAUUGUUGCAAAAAAACCGAAAUCGAAGAGCAGUCUUGUUGGUUAUCUGUUAGCUAAAGGCAAGCUGAAAGGAGGUAUUUUGUGUUCAAGAGGAGAGCCAUCAAGAGAAGAUGCUAAUCGGACAAGUAAAGUUCGUCCAAAAUUGAAGGCUGAACCAAUUUUGAAAGUGCAUUCUGAAGAAGAAGAGACCGAAUGGGGCCUUAAUAGAUCUGCUAGUUCUUCCAUGGAGAGUUUAAAUGAAGUACGUCAAAAGAACCGAGAGAAAGUUGAUCGGUUAGUUCGAAAACAUUCAAGAGAUGAUUUACCUGAACUUGAAUUUGCUCUGCGAAGGGGGAGUGGUUCAAGUGAAAGCGACAAAGAGAGGCGUCGUGCUAAAAAGAGACGUAAGAGUGUUAAAUCCAAAGAAAGGACUAAUGAUGAGGUUAAAGAACCCACCCCUCAACCAGUAGUACAAACAAUAUCGAAAUGUACAUUAACAGAAGAUAAACUGGAUUCUUCUCCUCGGGUACUCACAGCUAUGGGAGGCUUGUUCUACGCUGGAAAACUGAGCGCAGUGCAGGCUCCUGAUGUAUACGCCAUUACUUUAGACGGAGAGAGAGGGAACAAACCUCAUAUAUUAUCGAGAGAAGAAACUUUAAGAGAUGCUAUUCUCGAAGUGAAUCCAGCAUCGGUGUCAGAGUUACCAUCUGGUACAAGAGUCUGUGCAUACUGGUCACAACAGUACAGAUGUCUAUAUCCUGGCACUGUAGCUGUGUCAUCGCCAGAUCCUCACGAUGAUAAAUUUGUUGCUGUAGAAUUUGAUGAUGGCGACUCUGGUAGAAUAGCCAUUGAAGAUAUAAGAUUUUUGGAGCCCAAUUACCCGGUUGUUGAAUAUGAAAAUCCUCUAUUUACACUUGGGAAAAGAAGACGAAACACCAGUGUUAGCACAGAAGAUAAAAAGGCUACUGCGUCUACGAGCGCUGAAGUAAAACCAUCUUCUACCGACGCGGCACAGAAGGAAAAACAGGAAGAAGACCGGCAUAGAGAUCGAAAAAAACUAAAGAAGCACCGCAAAGAUAAAAUGAAACGCCAUUCUAGCGAAGACGACCCGAACUCUGAUUAUGUUAAGAAAAAGAAGAAAAAACACAAAUGUUGCGAAGAACAUUGCAAACAUAGAAGACAUCACAAGAAACAUCACAGAAAACAUAGGAAGAGACAUCAUUCGAGUUGCAAGGAGCAGUCUAGCUCGUCUGGUGAUGACCACCAGAGGCACAAGUCAUCUUCUGAUUAUAUAGAUUCCAACAAAUCAAAUGAAGAUUCUGUCGACUCCAAUGAUAGACUGUCUACGUUAAUAGCUGUCGAGAAAUCUCCAAAUGACAAAAUGAAGACUGUUAUUAAAAAGGCUGUGCUGCCCAAGAAGGCCUUGGUUAAGAACGCAGUUUUAGAUUUCAGCAAUUUGGGAAAUAUUGUGGCGAAGAAAGAUGAGGAGUCUAAAGAUAAUUUAAAAGACAGUGGUAUUGGAAUGGAAGAGGAAACUCCUUCGACUUCAAAUUCUGACGGUGUCAAGAAGAAAACAAAACGCCGCACCGUAUCGUCAACUUCAUCAGAAGGUGGUGCAGUGGCUGGUGGUGGUGGAGUAAGCAAGAUGGCGGCGUUCCUACCCGGCGGUGCACUCUGGCGCUGGCUGGGCGCGGCCUACCGCCGAACCGCGCGUCCACGACACCGCAAACUGUUCUACCGUGCUAUACAACGCGGGGAGGAGACUCUACAUGUGGGAGACGCAGCGGUGUUCCUGUCGACUGGCCGCCCGGACCGGCCGUACAUUGGGCGCAUAGUGGCGCUGUGGGAGGCACGGGGAGCGAUGGCCGUGCGAGUCAAAUGGUUCUACCAUCCUGAGGAGACCACCGGUUGUCCGGAACCAUUGCAUUAUCCGGGAGGUCUAUUCGAGUCCCCACAUACUGACGAGAACGACGUCCAAACAAUAUCACAUAAGUGCGAGGUGUUGCCGCUCGCGCAGUACAAGGAGCGCAUGGGCGACGACCCAGUCAAAUACAGCACCGUUUACGACAACAACGACGUCUACUACCUGGCCGGUCACUACGACCCCACGCAGCAAACUCUCCGACUUGAACCAGACAUACCUUUCGCGAGCAAACCAACCUCCUAAACUGUUCUGACAUACUGGUAACAAUAACUACAGUAAUUGUCAAUUUUGUUUUACAGUGCAAUCAACUUGGUCUUAAAUAUAUUAUUUCUCAUAAAAAAAUAUAACUUAGAUAAGUUCAAAGUACACGAUUUUACUAUGUAUAUCUCGAUGUUAGAGUGUAUUUCGGUAGAUUCUUUUGAAGUUCUUGUAAUUUAAACUCGUGGAAUGUUCAACGUAGCUUCGAGAUUCACUAUACAGGUCCUUAAAGUACAAUGUAGAUUUUUGAGGCUCAAAUUGUGACAUUUUUUCUCAAUCGGCCGCCCUUAGAGGCGACUGUUUCCGUACGACUAAAUGUUAAAGUUACCCUUGUUGAGUUAUUUUAGUGGUAUACCGUUUGCAAUGUUGGCGUUUCGAGGAAACCUUGUAUGGGCCGAGUUUGAAGGGUAAGGUGAUUACGACAAUAGACUGUGGACUGGCUGAGGAGAUCGGGCGAGCGAAUUGGUGAUAUGUGAUUUAUUUUUUAUACGUGUAACGCUGUAAUCUCAGUGUAUAGGUAGUCGUAUCUCCCAUGUAUAUUAUAUUAUAUCUCCUAGAUCUUUAUGUAUACGUAGUUAUAUUAUAAAUGUCUAUUCUCUUCGAAACGCAAUACUGUUUUCAACUAGUCCCUUUAUUCAAAAUUAUCCAGUCAUUUCUCUUAGUCGUGUACGAGGAAUAUCUGCGUAAAAUAUUUAGUUUCACAAAAUGGGGAACUGUUUGUUAUAUUAUAUUGUUUUUCACUGAUUUUAUAUUAUUAUUAUUAUUUUCUUUUUUUUUUUCUUUUUGGUUGAUAAUUUUAUGUUGAUUAUAGUGUACUUUUAUAUCUAAAUGGUGCUAGACGCUUGAUAUACUAUAUCUUUAUUUCUCUAUAGUUAAGACUGUAAAUAGUUUCAAAAUGUAGUCAGUAUGUAAGUUUACAAAUAUACAUUUACAAUUGUAUUGUACUUUUUACAUUACGUAAUAAUUUUAAUUUGGUAAAAAAAAAAAAACAAAAAAUUAUGCUUGGUCUAAAACGUUGCCAUUUUUAUGAUUACAAAAAUUCUUCUUUACGUUACUCAUAUAGUUUGUACAGGGUAUGAUCGAAGCCCUGCUCUUUAUCCUUACUCAUAUCGAGAAUUAAUAAGGGACUGACAAGACAGGGAUGUAGCUAGGUCGACCAAGGGUAGGAAUGUAGGUAGGUUUUGUACGACGUGGCCAAUGGAGUUUAUAAGAAUAGUUGGAAAUGAUUCAGCCUUAAUAUCGUUAAUGUUAAACGAACGGAUGUAGUUGUUUAAUAUUUCUUUUUUUUUUUUUCUUUUUUCUAUUUUUAAUAAGUCAAUUGUGUUUGGUAUUGUGGCCAAUUGGCAGGUCACAACUAUCGGACCUUCUACUCUAAUGUUUUUGCGUGCAUAGUACUUUGUUAUUACGUAUUAGGUUAAACAUUGUUUAUUUUGUAAGUUUAUUUUUAAUGAUAUUUCACUUUCAAUUAAUGAGCAAAAACACAUGUUAUAUUGGAACCUAAAAAAAAAUAAAGACAAAAAAAUAUAUAUACCUAUUGUGAGAAAUAAAAAUCGGGGGAAAAUAUUGAAAAAAGUGGUAUUUUUGUAUUAUCGUAAAGUGAUUAUUAUUUUUAAAAGUGAAAAUAUCUGAUGCAAAGUUAUUAUUAUGAUAAGUACAAACUUGUUGAUGAACGACAAUGGCUCGGCCCAGUGUGUGCACACUAACGCUAGGUUCAAUUGCACGAACGCACAACAAACUCACGUGUGUGUGUAUGUCAUUACUGUUGUUUUGACUUCAUAUUAAUAUAGAGUUUGUUGUAAGUUCGUGAAUUAUCCUUAUCCAGAUCAUUAGAAGGGGAAGCCAUAAAAUAUUAGUUUUAAAGAUUAAUAAUAUAUCAGCAUUGAUAAUAUAAAGAUUAUAAAUAAAUACGCUUAAAUAAAAUAUUUUUGGCUGAAUAA